CCAUUAGUCUGGUCUGGAUUUACAGUACCUUCAAUGUCACAUUUGUUGUGUGUAAAGAAGCUACAUGUCUGACAGUUAACUUGUCUCAAAGAUGUAUAAAUUAAAUUGUAUAUUAGUUAGUUCUGUUAGUAAUGUAUGCCGACAGCUUGCUGCCUCCGUAAAUGCAAGUGGAAGCUCGCUAUGUGGAAACACGGCGUUACAGCGGACAGUGUGUUCCAGUGCGGUCAGACUUCAGGAGGCAGCAGCUUCCAGCACAGAGGCCGGGAAAACCUCCUCCAAAGAGUUCAGCAUCUUCCCCCCAAUGCCGGGCCAGGACUCUUCACUAAGAUGGGGGGGAAGGAAGUUUGAGGAGUUACCUAUCGCUCACGUUAAAGCAACGUACAACAACACACACAUCCAGCUGACGGAGAGCCAGGGUCAGUCCCUGGUCCGGACGUCCUGCGGCACAGAAGGCUUCAGGAACAUCAAGAAGUCCACGCCGGUCGCUGCUCAGACUGCGGGAAUAUCUGCUGCCACAAAAGCCACAGCGAAGGGAGUGACGUUUGUCCGUGUCGUUGUCAAAGGUAUCGGACCGGGACGAUGGUCUGCCAUCCAGGGCCUGACGAUGGGGGGUCUGCAGGUGGUGUCGAUCACCGACAACACCCCCGUGCCGCACAACGGCUGCCGCCCCCGCAAAGCCAGGAGGACAUGAUCUCCUGAAGGCACCGCUUGCAUUCUAAUCUGAUAAAUAAAGUUUGUUUUUGUUGUGUAACUUU